GUUGUUGUAGGGUGCCUGCCCCAUGCAGUGCAAGGAGGGAGGGGUGUGUCACCAUAAAAAUUUAGCGGCAAGGGCGAGGGCGAUUGGAAGCUCAAAAUAAUGAGCUGGUUGCCCACCGGGGAGACACGCCGGAUUUGUUUAAUCCCCUGGCCCUAAUCCCCCAGCCCUGCCGUCUCCUCCUUAUAAGCAAUGGCGGAGGGGUCUUGCUCUUGCAUUGCACCUCCGGCCACCGCGCCAUAGCCCGCAGUAAUUAAGCAGGCGAGAACGACGAAGAGGCGGUCACGCACCACACCGAUCAAUCCAGCUCGAGCGACCGAUCACACGUGCAGCACAGCACAGCACAGCGGUGCUCGGCGAAGAGAGAUGACGGGGUUCGGGUCACCGUGCGGGGCGUGCAAGUUCCUGCGCCGCAAGUGCGUGCGCGGCUGCGUCUUCGCGCCCUACUUCUGCCACGAGCAGGGCGCGGCGCACUUCGCCGCCAUCCACAAGGUGUUCGGCGCCAGCAACGUGUCCAAGCUGCUCGCGCACCUGCCGCUCGCCGACCGCGCCGAGGCCGCCGUCACCAUCUCCUACGAGGCGCAGGCGAGGCUGCGGGACCCCAUCUAUGGCUGCGUCGCCCACAUCUUCGCGCUACAGCAGCAGGUUAUGACCCUGCAGGCGCAGCUGGCGUCGCUCAAGGCGCAGGCGGCGCAGGGGCAGCAGGGCGUGCACGAAGACGCCAAGGGCUACGUGGGCAGCGCCGCCGCGGAGCAGCUAGGGUACGGCUACCCCUGGUGCAGCGGCAAUGGAGGCGCCGCAGCAGCAGCAGCAGGCGCCGUGGGCGCGCCCGCCGCGCAGCCGGGCGCGUACGGCAAUGGCGCGCACGAGUCCCUGACCGCGCUGCUGGGGUCGUCGGACUACAUGCAGCAGUCGCUGUACCACGCGUUCGAGCAGGCCGGCGCGGACGACGACGACGGCCGGCAGGGGUACGCCUUCGAGGCAGCGGCGGAGUCCUCGUCGCUCGGGGCGGAGGAGAGCGGGUGGAGGUCGUCGUCGGGGUACCAAGACUGCGAGGACCUGCAGAGCGUGGCUUACGCUUACCUGAACCAUCGCUCGUAAGAACUGAGAACUACUACUACUACAAGAGAGAGAGAGAGAGAUAUAGAUAUAGACAUAUCUGUCCUCAAUUCCUGAUCAUGUUUUGGACUUUAGCCUGGGGAAAUAUAUGCGCGAUUUUCGAUCGAUCAGUCGAUCGGUCUCCGCUACAAAUAAUCCAGAAGCAUGCAUGCAUGUGACAGACCACUGAUAUAUAAUAGAUCCACACAUUAUUGAUCAUCA